CGAAAAAAGCAUCCUCGGAUUGAGUAGCUUCAGCCUCCAGCGCCAAUUGACAAACUGCAGUCUUUCAACGGUGCAAAAAAUUAAAUCACGCUCUUUAGGCCUCAGAAUUAUGGUGCAUCCUUGUUUCAAAAGACAUCUCGGAGUGCUUGACUCUCUCCAAUCCAGACGUCGGACUUGUUGAAUCGAAUAUGCAUGAAAUGACAAGAAUUUCGGAGUGCAUUGAAAUGUCGUCUACCUUACUGAAGCCUGAAAACUAGCUUUUAUUGCAUUUAAUUUUUUUUUAAUGAACAAUAUGAUGUCAAAUUUUCUCCCCCUCCCGACGAAAACGAUACUAAGUCUCUCUAUUCGAUUAGCUUUCAAGUUGUUGUUGAAGAUGAUGAGCGUUCUAGUUCAUCUAGUCCGUGAUAUUCCUGCACAUUUGCCUUGUCGGAUGUUCCUAGAACGACAUCAAGUUCAAAAGCUUCUAAACGUACUCAUUCGGCCGCCAAGAUUUCCUUCGCUUCCGUGGAACGUUCUUUGUGCCACAGAUCUGGACCUUGAGCUAGAAUCAGAAUCGUGUUCCCCUUGUUCCACCUUCCAGCGUCUCUCAACUGGCUCGGGUGGAACAUAUCUGUGAUAUGCACUUGCGAGGAGCACAGACAGGAUCUGCUCAUCCUUGGAUCUCACCUCCUGUGGGCCACUGUCUUGUGGCAUUGAGGUCCGCAAUCCCAGUUACUGUACGCGUACGUACAUAUGUACACGAGUACGUACAAAGAGCAGCACAGUAGAGGGAACAAAUCAGGCGUUCACGACAAAACAAAAUACAACCUUAACUUCGGAGGAGCCUGAACCUAUUUGAGGCGAGAGCUCAAAGAAAAUCGUCUAAUCAUUAUUGGAUUUGGAAGCAUCACAAAUGGGUGGUUACUAUCCACCGUUUGUCGUGGGUCCUGUUCGAUAGAAUCGACCACAGUGCGAGCAAGACGUUGGCUGCCAAGCCCAUGAAUAAAGUUGGAGCACGAGGCUGACAUUGGGGAAUGUUUGUGCCCCCUCAUUGACCAUGGCGUCAGUCCGAGAGACUCACGCCCGUGUCCAUAGUUGUCAUGUACUCCUUGUAUUGGGCAGGUGGACCCAUUGAAGAAUUUCCAGAAAACAACUGCUCUGGGGAUCAAGAAGAGCUGCUAAACUCGAUCAGCCAGGCGCGUCUGUGAUAUUAGAAAUUUAAGGAAACGUAACGUAUGUAUGUGUGUGAUAUAUCUCCAUAACAUGGAGAACGUGAAAGGGCGGGUGCCCCCCAAGAAAGUGGUCUCCAUUGUUCCAAAUGAAGGCUCUAGGUUCUGCUUGGUGAAUGGCCAGACUCCUCUUGAAGUGAACCAGGCGUUAACCGCAACCAGAUCGUCGAGACCUCUCUCUUCGGGUUCCAUUCGUUCCAUCUCCCCAGCCCAACGGUGGCCUGUCCGUUCCAAGUCCCAGGAUCGCCAUUUUCUUCGCCGAAGUCUCAUCUUUGAGGAAGGUGGAUCCAAAGUGGCGCCAGAAAACGGAGUUACACACAUUCCAAAACUUCCAUUCACUCGACCGCGCGGUUCCUCUCAAUCCAGCGGAUGCGAAGGGAGCGCCAAGGAAAAUGGAACGGGGUUCCACCGAUCCGCUCGAUCACCGAUUCGAAAUGAUAUAUCCUCCAGGUCCUCAAUGUCAUCGCGAGAAAGCUCGCAAGAAAGUCUGGAUCACUCCAGCUCUCGGGGACUGUCGCCAUCUCGUGGACGAUCGGGGCAACUCCGGAGUCGAAAAGCCAAAUCCAUCAGUCAAAAGGCCAAGAUAUGGGAGGCCGUGGCCAAAACGGAUAAGUCCCAGGCCGCUUUCAGGUUGAGCUUUGAACUAACCCUUUAACAACGAUCCACAGAUACAUGUAACGACCCAAAUUUGCUUUCAUACGUUUAACAGCACUCUCCCUUGGUCCACUAAAUUUGUUCGAAACCACAACCUCGCCAACGGAAGACCCGAGAGUAAUCCAAGGUUAAUGAAGACAUGCUCUAGUCCGUCUCUGACGGAUAUGAUGGCACAAAGGGAUGCCACCAA